AUGUCAUCCACUUCGAGCACACCGGCGAAGAGUAAGAAGUUGGUGAAGCAAAACCUGAGAGAAACGUCAACCCCGCCGUCGUCUAAAGGAGGAGGAAACGAUGGAUCGGAUUACGAGGACGAUUCCUGGGAAAAACCAACGCAAAAAGUGAAGACGCAGAAGAGCACGCCGACGGCGAAGAUUCACUUGGGUGGUUCUGGUGGUCAAUUAAAGUCUCCCACGGCGGCGUCCGCGGCGGCGAUGAAACAACAACAACAACAACAACAACGUAAAAUCAGCGCCGGGUCCACGUCUUGGUCGGACGAGGAUGAAACGGAAGCAGAUUUUGACGAUUGGAAACCGGGGAAGUCGAAACCGUCGCCGAGGAAUUUUGGGGCGAACGCGCACGUCUCCUCGAGGAGACCGACGACCGGGUUCGGAUCCUCCUCCGAUCUCGCGGCUGGCGGGAGGAAAGGUUUCUUUAAGAACAAACGCGUUCGACAGUGCGUGUUGUUGGUUAUCGUAUUUGCGCUGUUUAGCACGUAUUUUAGCGGAAGUGGCGCGAGGAAAGAGAGGAAGAGGAUGGAGAGCGUGACGGUGAUGGCGUCUUCUUCUUCUUCCGGAGGGUCGGCGCCGAGACGCGCGGGGAGCGGGUCCGCGCCGGCGUCGAUUGGAUUCGACGCCGCCGCGGCGAGUAAGAAGAAGAGAGCGGAAGGGAAACGAAGCGGGUACGAUGUCGCGGAUUCCGAGGAGUUGUUGAUGGAACAGAGAGAGAAGUACGAGCAUCCUCCGGCGGAAGAGGGAGAGGAGGAAGCGCAACCGGAACAGGCGAAGGAAGAGGAGGAAGUGGAGGAGGAGGAGGAAGAUUUGGCGGCAACCGCGGAAGAGGAGGUGGAGAAGCAAAGUGAUUUUCAUCAUUCGUUCGCGAAGAACGCGUUUGGAGAGACGAACGAGGAAGUCGUGGCGAUGGUAAAUAGACAAACUCUUCCUCCGAAGGAAGAGGAAGAGAACUCGUCGUCGCAAGUAGACGACGACGAGGGAGAAGAGAAAAAGGAGGUGGGAGAGGAAGAACAAAAAGAAGAAGAAGGGGCGUCGCUCGCGAAAACGCCUGAAAUUGACGGUGAGUUUGUUCCGAAAGGAGAGGAAGAAGAAGGAAAUGACGACUCGAGCAGCGAUCACUUGGAAUCGUUGAAGAGUAAUCACGAAGAAAUGAGCGCGCAUCCCGACAUUGGUAAACUCGUCGGCGCGAUUCCGAAAGAAGAGGGAGACGAGGGAGAAGAAGAAGCGAAUCAUCUCUCUGCUCCUCCGAAACCAGAGUCAAACGCGCCGCCGAAAAAAUACACGGAACCUGCGCUCACGAAAGUGCCAACCAAGAAUAUCGGUAAGCCAAAAGAUAAGGUUUUGUAUCCACCACCGGUAGACGUAGAAGAAGGAGAGAAAGAAGAGAAAGUAGAGGAAGCUGGUGCCGCGGCGGAUGAAGAGAAGAAGGAGGAGAAGACUGACGACGAAGAACUUCCGGAGGACGACGCUAAAAAAAUGAUGCUCGACGUGAGCAAUGCGAGUUCUUCCGAAGGCUUUGAUUUUACCGCCGGUCUCGUCGCGACGGAGGAAAACGCGGACAACGUGAGCAGCGACGCCGAGUUAUCGGCGAUAGAAAAAGAGGAAGACGUCAAGGAGAAGGAAUUAGAAAGCGAAGACGAAACGCAAAAGGAGAGAAAGGAGGAGUAUGAUGAAAGUGCGGUCGUGUUAAACGAGGAGAACUCGUCUGAGACGUCUCCGAAAGAAGAAGAUGAAGAAAAAGAAAAAGAAGAAGAGACUUCUAGUAGCGAAGCGGAAGCGGAACCAAUUCCGGCAAAGAAGAUGAAGCUACCGACGGUUUCGGAUAGCGAAAUCGACGCGUUCGUGAAAGAUGGGACGCUCCCGGCGGAGGAAGAAAAGAAAGAAGAGAAAGUUAACGCUCCAGUCGAACCUGAGAACGAUGACGUGCUCGACUUAAAACGUGCUGGUAUGGGCGACGAGCUCGGAUUCGACUUUGCGGAAGGUUUGAAGCCUGCGACGACGACGACGACGACGAUGGAAACGACGAUGGAAACGGAAGAGGCGGAAGUGGCGACGGCGGAACCGACAGAAGAAACGGAAGAAACGAUGCCGGCAGAGAAGCAAAAAGAAGAAGAGACUGCUCAAGAACAAGAAGGAAAGGAGGAGAAACCCUCCGAAGGCGAGAACGAGGACGAGAACUAA